UUCUCCUGUGUGCAUUUAGUGCUAUAAAUUUCCCUGAUGUAACUUUUUUUUUUUUUUUUACAGGGUUGAAAUCCAGAAGCUAGAAGAUAUUGCAGGUAUGUUUUAGGAGCUAUUUGUAGUUUAUGAAAAUUGUUUUCAAUCAUACAACUGUUACAGUAGGCUGUACGAAGUAGUGGACAAGACUGUCUUAAAUGCCUUCUUCUCAUAUAUAGCAUUUAACAUAAUCUGUUUGAUAAAUUUUUCUUACCUACCUUUUCGAUGUUGAUGUGGAAUGUGAGAAUUCUUCUAAUAAUGGGGAAGGGAGAGGGAUGGCUUUUCUUUCAUACACGUGGAAAUUUAAUUGUUUGGGGGGAUAUUAGAGGACACUGGAGGAGAAACAGCUCUAUUCGUUUCUUUUAGUGUACACACAUUAAGUCAUACAUCAGUUUUUUUAGCUUUUAUUUUAGGUUUGGGGGUACAUGUGCAGGUUUAUUAUAAAGAUAAAUUGCAAGUCACAGGGGUUUGGUAUACAGAUUAUUUUGUUACUUAGGUUAUAGCAUAAUACCAGAUGAGUGGUUUUCAAUCCUUACCCUCCUCCUACCCUCCACCCUGAAGUAGGCCCAGUUGUCUGUUGUUCCCUUCUUCCUGUCCGUAUGUACUCAGAGUUUUUAAUAUGAGUUUUUCAUGUUUCUAAUUUAGCUAUUCUAUUGUCACAGCUUUCUGAUUUUUGUUUUCUUUAAAGUACCAGAAAAAAAUUGAAUUCUCUAAAAUGAUUAUUUUCUAUUAUUAUUCCAGUAAUAAACUGUGUAGUAGAAAAGAAAAGACAACUUUCCUACCCAGUGAGAAACAUCUAAUUAAUUGGAUCCAAAACCCCAUAAAUUUUAUACUGCCAUGUGAAAUAUUAGUUGUACUGUUAUAGGACCAUUUUUUCAAAAAAGUUUGAGAAAAUUUCUGUAGAGACCAUGAAGACAAUACUUAUUUUUAAAAAGCUCAAUUCAGUUUUCAGCUCUUCUAUAGCGAUGAUUCAUACAAGCAGUAUAUUUGGAAAGCUUUGCUCUGCUUGGUGGUGACAAAGUGCUUGUUUUGUGAGCUGCCUGAUACAUCGACCACUAUAGAUGGAUACUGUGUGUAAGAAAUAUUUGAAUUAUGGUGCAGAUCUUUUAUGACUGCUGAAAACUAUUCUUAGCAAUUGAUGGUAGAUCUCUGAUGUGAAACUAUGUUUAGGAAAGCAUUCCUUGCAGUAUGACAGUCUUCUGAAACACAGCACUAUGGAUAAAAAUGUCAUAUAAAAAGCUCCCAGAAAAUACUUCAAACGUGUUUUUAAAUGUAUUUCUUUAUCUACUUAAACCUAAAUUUUUAUACCCAUGGACAUUGCUUCUUUUAUUAAAAUACAGUUAAUAGCAUCAAUCACUAGAUUGCUUAAAAAUACUUUCCUUAUUGUGUAUUAAGCUAUGUCUACCCUUUUGAUGGUCUUAUUUUUAUGUGCUUUACUUAAUGAGUUGUGACAGUAUUUCAUGGAAACAUGUCCUUUGAAUUGUAGGACAUUUUAUAAAUGUAGAAAUUAAAGUCUGUUUGUUACCCUUUCUGCAUAUUUAAAAAAUAUAAACUGUUUUAACUAUUUGCUUUUUUUCAUCAUCUGUCAAUUAAGUGAUUUGCUGUUAUGCCAAUUGGAAUUGGAAAACUAUUAUUAAUACCUGAAAGGUUUUACAGAAAAUAAGUGAGUAAAUCUUACUUUUUUGAAAUGAUCUUUCCAUUUUACAUUUUAAAUAUCCUUCUGAUAUUGCUGAACCAUCAUGUCCCAUAUUGUUUUCAAUAUAUGCAAAUAAACUACUUUUCAACAUUAACUUUUAAUGUAUUUUCAUUUACUAUCUAGCUGAAAUUAAAAAGGGUAUUGCUGCAAAGAGAAAAAGGAUUGAAAGGGUUGCAAAAGCUUGCAACGAAACAAAGAACAAAAUUAAACACAUUUUGAGAACAAUACAACUAAAAAUGUAUGAUUGUUGGCUUUUUUGAAUAAUGAUAUUUCUAUCAUUUCUUUGUAUUCGUUAGUGCAGAAUUUCAAAAACUAUCCUGUACAUAUUGGCGUCUGCAGUGAACAACAUGUUUUACUUGACUGUUCCCUAAGCAGGUAAGUUUCUUUUGUUUUAUAACCUAAGUUUAAGAGAAUUGAGGUAUAUUACCUAGAAAGUCAAUGAAGAUGACCUCUUUUUGCCUUCCAGAUAAAAAUAGUCUUCCUGUAAAAUUAAUUUUUAUCAAUUUCUAGAAAUACAGUAGCUGCAUGUAAGAUAAAUGUCUUCAACUUUUAGUCUGUAGAUCCUUAACAAUAUUAAGUUAUGUAGAAAGGGACAACCUUAUGUUGUAAAUAAGUUAUCUAUUUUAAUUAAAUUGUUUUCACUAUCCCUUUUAGAAAAUCAUCAUUGUGCCAAAGUGGAGAAAUAGUUAAGUGAAGUAUUUCUUUUGGGAAAUCUUACGGUAUGAAUGGCUACGAUAUUCUUGAACCUACUUAUGAGAACCCAUAUGUUAUUUAGGAAAUGAAAAGUAAACUGCUGUUAGAGAAAAUGAUUGUUUCUGGGAAAUUUACAGUGCUGUAAACCCUCCUUUGUCUUCAGCAUGUAAAGAAUGUAAGAGAGCUGCUCUACUAGUCAGUUAGGAAGGAACCCUUUCAGAAUGAGAGUAACUCAUUUCACCUUUUCCCAAAAAGAAGAUUUCAGCUGCUAUUAUUCCCUUGCUACUUUAUAGUAUAAAUUAUGUCAAGUCAGUUUUGGUUUGAAUAGGGUUAAUUUUUCAUCUCUCUAUGACAUAUGACCGUGUUACGUAUUAUGUGUUACAGGCAGAAACAUAGUUAUGGAUGUUCUCUGAAGUUGCUGAAUGUCCUUGAAGAAUACAUCACAGGUGAGCAGAAAGAUGAAGAAGAAAGGAAGAGAAGAACUAAUUGUUGGUAUCCAGCUUAGCUUUAUGAUUAACCUAUUGUAACAAUGUCUCAGGUAGUAAUAGUUCAUGCAGAAAUCCAGCAAAGGAGGAGGACAGCAUGAGCCCAGAGAGGGGGGCCUGUUAGUGGACUCAUGGACUAGGGGAAUAUAAUUGCCAUGCAGCAUUAGGGGUCCAACUGAGGUCAGCGUCAUAGGGAUUAAGAAGUUAAAGUCAGCCCAGAUGGCAUAUUUGUGCAAGAGCAACUUUAGUGCUGGAAUUUCCUGGGUUGGGGUGUAGCCGAGCACAUUGAUAGAGGGAGAGUUGGUUGGGCAGGGCAUAUAUAUGGGAGGGCGGGGGUUAUGAUGACUGGCUGUGGAAUUUCAGCUGGGACUGAGUUACCUGAGCACAUGGGGGUGGGGUAUUGGGCAGUGAAAAGUGCUCCAUCCAUUGGGUGUUGGGUCCCUACAGAUUCCUGAGCUGUAGUACUGAAGUGAGUGACCUACAGUGACAGGGAGGUAGUGGCUGUGUAUGUUGGGAAGAUGGAGAAAUAGCUGAGUGGAGUGAUCAGGGCCUGGGACUCUGCAGCCACAUUGCUUGGGAUCCAACUUCAGUUUGACCAUCGCUAGCUCAGAAACAUGGGCAAAUUAUUUAUCUCUGUGCCUCAGUUGCCUUAUCUACGAAAGGAGACAUGGUAAGAGUACCUACCUCAGAGUUGUUUGAAGGACGAAAAGGUUCUUAUGUAAUGGGUUUAUUUAAAUUUUUUAGGAUGCGAUCUCACCCAUGGUUGCUCUUUAUCGUUGCUAUUAUUGCUAUUAUUAAUAUUACGGGAGAUGUUGCAGUCACUGGGAAUGACAAAAUCUAGGGGAUGACUGUGUGUGCCACGUAGAGGAGAGGAGAACACUGUUGUUGGAGAUUAGGUCAAGGUGCAGAAAGGCCAUCAUUAUUGGAAGGUUCAUCUAUGUGCAUAUUGAAAUGACCAAGUGUUUAAAAUCUUAGUAACAAAAGAAUAUUUCUUAGUUAAUUCUUCUAUAGAUCUUACCUAUCUGUGGUCAACAAAUUAUAAGAAGGGUCAACAAACACUCUUUAUUUGAAAUCAAGAAUUAGGACAUACAUGUUGAAUAUGUAUAAGAAGGAAUAUUCUUUACCCCAUGACUGAUGAAAAAGAUUAUGUUGUUUUAGCAUAUGAGUGUUGAACACAAUUGUUUAAAAUUGGUCAUAAAUGUUGUCUAAAAGAAAGUGUUCAGAAGUAUUGAUUUAAAGAGUAUCUAUUUAAAGCUAAUACAGAAUUAUGUUUUUUAAGUAUUAAAAUUUACCCAAUUUUAAUCACUUUUUAGUUUUGUGCCUCUGGAGAAUAUUUCAAGAGCAACAGAAGAGGUGACAACAAGAUGGGAAAGGAACUGAAAGAGAUUGAGCCGCCAUGUGAGCAAUUCACAAAGAAACCGGAUUGGUUGUUAUAGAUGCCAUGAAUGAUAUAAAUUGAGCUCGUAGUUGGAAGAAAUCUAAAGGAUCAAGCAUCCCUGAGUUUCAAACAGAAACUUGCACUGAAUACAUUCAAAGGUAUGUGGAUUUUAUUUAUAAUUUGAUAUCCUUUUUAUUGUGCUUAUUUCUUUCUCUGAAUUUCUUUUAAAAGAUACAAAUGUAUUCUACAUUUCUAAUACUAUAUGCCAUCAAUAGUUACUUUUUAGUUGGCCCAUAAUUAAAUUAGACUCUGAUUACCGAAAUGAUUUUUUUUUUUUAACUUUAUAAUGCAACAAAGUGCUUGUUUAAUUCCAAAGCUCUUUCUUGGGCCACAUUUCACAGUAAAAUAUUUAUUUUAGUUAAUUAUCACUUAAAGUAAAAAUAAUACUUUCACAGGCUGUGAUCUACUACUUUGAAAAGCUUUUUAUUUAAUUACAUAAAAUAGAACCAUCAAUGAAGUGAUUUUUCUCAUUAACCCAGACAAACAAAGAAAAAACAACAAAUUUAGGAGUUAGAAAAUCAGUGUACUUUUCAUAGGCAGCAUAAUUACAUGUAAUAUUCACUUCCUAUACAAAAUUUAAGGUCUUUCUUCUGACAGUUUUCCAAGUUAGUCAAUAAUUUGUGCCACAAAUCAAUGUGCACAUUUUAGAAUGACCUGUUUUGAUUAAUGUCCCAAGAGUCUUAUUUAUAGAAUAAUUACAGAGAAACAUCAAACAAAACGAAGAUUCCAUUGAAAGAAAAUGAAACCUCUGAGGCAGAAAGUAUUCAAAAUUCAUUGAAAAAUCACAUAAAAUUAGUACUAUCCUCUCCUGUUAGUUCAGCCACAUCUUUUGCUCCACAAUCUGGAGCUCAGAUAUGUUACUGGAGGGUCUUGCCUGAAGUUCUAUAGAUAGGAACUUCUGGAACUAAAAUCUACUAUCUUGGAAAAUUAACAUAUUUUCUCAAAUGAUUAGUCCUUGCUUUUAACAGUAGCAGUACCCAGGUAGACUGUGCAGGAGACAUUUCUGUGCCUCCUUGUUCUAAAAUUAUAAAAUACUGUGCACUUUGAUGAUCUUCCCAACCUUUAGAGCCAACUUUAUUCUGUUAAUCAUUAAUUAUAAAUAUCAUUUAGCUUCUAUGACUAUGGGCUGUAUGGGCAUAGGAAAAUGGCAUGCAAAGUCAUAUGAGGAUAGAUCAUUCAUGUCCCUGUAACUUGUUCAGCCCUCAACCUAAAUUAAAUGCAUCUUUGUCACUAUUGUGACUCUACAAACAAUGAAACAGGCUGAGAGCUGGAAAUCACAUAUGACUGAAGUAAAUUCACAAAGAAUGGCUCCAUCCUUCUUACUAGCAAUAGACUAAUGUAGAUUACAUGUGUUUUAUGGAGCAUUCAUUACAUCCAUGUUUCAGAAGAGAUAAGAAAAGUGGAUGUUGAUUUACAUUUCAGAACCAUCAAGAAAUGGGGACCUGGAUUUUAUUUGCCUGCCUCCUGGGAGCAGCUUUUGCCAUGCCUCUACCACCUCAUCCUGGGCACCCUGGUUAUAUCAACUUCAGCUAUGAGGUGCUUACCCCUUUGAAGUGGUACCAGAGCAUAAGGCCACCGUACCCUUCCUAUGGUUACGAGCCCAUGGGUGGAUGGCUGCACCACCAAAUCAUCCCCGUGCUGUCCCAACAGCACCCCCCGACUCACACCCUGCAGCCUCAUCACCACAUCCCAGUGGUGCCAGCUCAGCAGCCCGUGCUCCCCCAGCAACCAAUGAUGCCCGUUCCUGGCCAACACUCCAUGACUCCAACCCAACACCACCAGCCAAACCUCCCUCCGCCCGCCCAGCAGCCCUACCAGCCCCAGCCUGUUCAGCCACAGCCUCACCAGCCCAUGCAGCCCCAGCCACCUGUGCACCCCAUGCAGCCCCUGCCGCCACAGCCACCUCUGCCUCCGAUGUUCCCCAUGCAGCCCCUGCCUCCCAUGCUUCCUGAUCUGACUCUGGAAGCUUGGCCAUCAACGGACAAGACCAAGCGGGAGGAAGUGGUGAGUAUAUUUUGAAGCCACUACAAUGCAAAUCCUGUUAAAAUGGUGCAGCAAAAUAGGUCCCAGAGUUCUAAGGUCUCUGACAACCAAGGGUCUAGAGUUGUAGUAGUUACAAGUCUAUAAUUCUAUUAGUCCAAGCAAUAUGCUAUACCUUUAUAUUAAAAACAAAUUCAUCUAAAUGGCUUGGUAAUUAAGAUCACAGUUUUUAUGGUAGGUUUCAAUUUUACUAUUACUGAAUUUCUACCAGAAUAUAUAUUACCAAAACCCAUUAAUAGAAAUAUAUAUUACUAAACCCCAUGAAUGUUAAAGGCAACAGUAUAAGGGAAUAUCAGUUUUCCUUAUAUUUCAAGGUUUGACUAGCAAGAAUAGGCUAGAGUUGCACUGAAGGCUUAAGAAAAGAGGGAGCAGGUAAUUUUGAGAGUGCAAAUAUCUGAACAGGUUACAAAAGGUAGACAGGAAAUCUCUUCAAAAACCUACAGGAAGAUUCCCCAUUUCCAGUAGUUUUCAAUCUAACUUGGAGGAGGCUAAACUAAACAUACUGUUAGAUUCCUUUUCUGUACUGGGAUUCUACAGAUGAUUAAGCUUUUAGCAAGAAGUUACUGCAAUUUAGCACGAAAUCUUCCAUUACAGGUAGCUCUUACAAAUGAAUGGGAAUAGUCAACAAAACAACCUUAAUCUACCUCCAUAAAGUCUUACUUCUAUGUAUACGAGAUUAUGUGAUCCUAUCAUGUAUAUGUAUCCAACUGUAAUUCCAAUUUAUACAUGUUAUUGAUGAUUUGCCACUGAGAAGAGAGAAGUGAGGUGGAAAUGACCAGGAUAAGAAGCUAGGACACAAAGGUUCCAGUUGUGGCUUUGCCCUCAAAGAGAAGGCAGUAUUGUGAAAGUCACUUCAAAUGUAUGGGUGUUUUAUUUUCUUUUAAAUGGGGGAAAAUGACAAAAUCAGAUUAUUUUCAAGCCUCUAUCCAAUUAUAAAUAUCAUAGUUUCUGAAUUUAAAAAAUCAUAAUAUAUGUCAUAAAUGGCUUCAUAAUUGUGAGCAUGUUUAUGGAAAAUAUGGGGCAGAAUUUUUUGAAAAUUGAUUGAAUCCCAAGUAAUCUGGCGCCUAUCAUUGACUAUUUUAGUCUAAGGCACAUGUUUUCUCUGUACAUAGAAAAUGCAUUUAUUUAUCUCUUUAUUAAUAAUUAACACCAUGAAGUUUAUAAUGUGCUCACAUCUUGACAAAGCUAUUUAUGGAAAGGUGACUUUGGGAAGACAGUUUGAACUCUUUAAAACUCAGUUUCUUUUUGUGUAAAAUUUGAGUAUAAACAUUGAUAGCUUCUUAGAGUUAAUUUUAUGGAAAACAAAAUAGCAUGAUAAGCUUGGAGCCUGGCAUGCAAGAAGUACUCCCCGAAAAGGUAGCAAUUGUUAUUUUAUUAUAAAAUAAUAGGCUUUAAGUGUCCUGAAGGUGGAAGCAGUCCUCAUGGACACCUAAUAUCUAAUGACAACGAAAUAACAAAGAAACUUUGGAAAUUAUAGAGUUCAGCUUAAAUGGUUGUACAUUGUUUUGACAAAACUGAAGCCAGACAUGUUAUAGUAAAUGGUACUCACUAGGAACAUUUGUAAAUUAUUUUAACUGUUCUUUUGCUAUUUUUUUCAGGAUUAAAAGAUCAGAAUAUGAGAGGGGAAUGAAUACUUCAGUUGCUUUCAGGAAUGACACAAGAACACAAUGAUUUUUGCUUAUAAUCACUUUACUUAGCAAAUUCUGUAACUAAAAAAGUACCAUUAGCAGACAAUAAAAUGCAUUAAAAAUCAUUCAUGUCUUUGUGUUGAAUGAAACUUAAAUUUUCCUAUCAUUUGAGACGAUACAUUAUGAAUGAGUAUUCUUGAAUAAGGUAGGAACUGCUCAUUUAGUCAUACAAAUUCACCAUUUGGCAAGCAAAUAAGGAAUAUAUUUAUUUUUAGAGAAAAUUUAAAUUAUACUAUCUCAAAUCUUUUUUAAAAAAUGAAGUUUAAACAUCAGUUAAAACAGUUGAUAAAAUGAAAAUUUAUGAACAUGUACAAUAACUAAAACCUGAACCAAAUGAAGGGAAGUUUAUAUGAAAAAUUCUUUACAUUAAAAAAUAUAAACUUUUGAAGAAUGUUUAUAUUAUGAAACAAAUUAGGACAUGGAACACUGGCUUUAUACUUCACACCACAUUGGCAAUCGAAAUCUGGUCUUUUGAUCUCACUCUAUGGAAAAAGAUUUUUAAAUGAAAUUAUGUGAUAUGCAUAAUAAUGUACUGAAUUUAAAGUUAUUCAAGUAAUUUGUUUUCCCCAAAAAAUGUUAUCAAUGGAGCUUCAAAUCGAGAAUUGCAGUGAUUUUAAAUACAAGUAAUUUCUUUCACCUCAUAACUUUAAGAUGAUAAAUUGUACUGCAUAGUCUUCAAAAUGUUAACAAAUGCAUAAAAUGGACUCAAAACAAGUUUUCUUUCCCACUCAUAUUUAUAUUUGAAUCCUUUUUUCUUCUUACACCCACACAGAAUUGUAAACAGUCUUUGCAGGGUUUAUAUUGCACAAACCCAUGGUAACUUUAUUCCAGUACCUUUAUGAUUAAGGUCACUUAAUCAUUUUCUGGAAUGAAUAAACAUAACUUUACUGGGAGGGUGUCAAUAUUCAAACAAAUAACUUGAUUUUAAAGAAUUUAGAUUCAAUUUUUUAAAGGUAGAAAAGCUUAAUCAAUUGGUAUGGACCACUUCUAAUCAAUUGAGUCAAUAUUUAUUAAGCACACUGUAGGGCAAGGCACUAUUCCAUGUGCUGGUGAAAAUAGUAAGGCCCCAUCCUUAAGGAAUCUAGAAUCUACCAAAGGGAUAAAAUAAGCCCACAAAUAACGAUUAAAAAGUCCAAAUGGUAUUAAUACUAUGACAGAAGUACAGUCAAAAUACUCUGGCAAACAUGGCAAAUAUCCUUGGCUAGCUGUCCAACAGCUUUCCUCACCACUCCUUUCCUGUUGGCAGAGCUGGAAUCUAUCCCAGCAUUCAGCCACAGUUUCCAAAUCAAAAUUCAGAUAUGCAGUGUGAUAAUACAGUGGAAUGUUUCAAACCAGAGACAUGCAUUAACUGGUAAUUAUACUCUAUACUUGCACUGUCAAAUAUGGUAGCCCUGUCCUAUGUGGCUAUUUAAAUGUAAAUAAAUUAAAAUUAAAUAAAAUUCAAUUCCUUAGUCAUAGUAGACACAUUUUAAGUGCUAAGUAGUCACAUGAGGCUAAUGGCUACCAUACUGGACAACACAGAUACAGAAUAUUUCCAUCACCACUCAGUUUUAUCAGACAGCAUUGCUCUAUGUACUACUUCUUGAAGUUGAAAAAUAAUUCUUAUUAAUUCAAAUAUUUUAAACAAAAGAUGAAACAAAACAGAUUUGCUGGUUGAAACUGAAAAUCUCAACUACCCACAGCAAGUUGUUCCCCAAGCAUGCCAGUAAUCCUGAUCUUGUAUGAGAAUUUUCUAAGAACUGUAGAUGUGCCAUUCUUUUCCUCAGGCCAAACUUCACAUACUAAAAUGGUUUCCCCUCUAGUUUUCAUUUAGAACAGAUAAAUCCAGAGUUCAGGUGUAUCCAGACUUCAGAAGAUAUUUACAUUCUUUUCUAUUUUGUGGUUCAAACUAAUAGUGCAACAUAACAUAGAGGCAGGCACACAUUCAUGUUACACACACUCACACACCCAUAAUCACGCAUGCCUUCUGGGUUUACCUGUAGUAAAAAGACACAUGUGGAGAUAUGUGCCAUUUGAGUAACUUGAAAUUUUAAAUAAAACUUCUUUCCAUUACAAUCAUUUAGAGAAUGAUUAUGUGGUUAUGGUAUUCAUUAUCACCACCAAGACAUACUACAGUUCUUCCAAAACAAAAAUUAUAUCAAGAAAAAAAUGAUCAAGCUGUGCAUUUCAUUUGCAAGCAAUGUCAAGUUUACCAUCUCCUUUCUCAAUUCCACACAAAAUAAAAAUACAGACUUUUCUCUAAAUCUGAAGUUCUUCCUUUGGUAGUAAACAAUAGCUGAAACUACCAAAAUUGAGUUUAAGGCCAAGACUUUUAAAAAGAAAAUAAAUUAGUAGACAACUGUAUUAAUUGAGAAAAAAUAACCCAAGAGAUCCUGCUAUGAACAGCUUAACAUGAGACUAACAAGAGAAAAAUGACUUCAACCAAUUUCCUACAUUUCCAGAACACAGUGGCAUUUAUUAGUACUCCACAUUGCUUUAAUAAAAUAGUCAUCAGCUUAUGUCUGUUGUGAAAUUCUUGUUAGCUGGAGUUUUUACUUAUUUUUGCGAUUUGGCUUUCAAUUCCUUUUGCCCCUAUUUGAUCUGGAGCCUUAUCAGCAAGGGCCAUAGGCUGACAUUUAGAUAUUAAAAAAUACAUCCCUGUUGGGAAAAGUCCAUGCUGGCCUCAUUUGAAACACCUGACUCUUCCAGAUGAUAAAUAAUUAUGGAGGAAUAAGAUUGGGCUGGGAGUCGUGAGGAGUUGAAGAGAGAAGAAAGGAGCGAUCAUUUGGGUUCAAAACAUUUACCUCAAUAAAUCACACUUGAAUCCUCUAUCACAAAAUCUAAAUCAAUAAAGCCUAUUUGCAAAUAUCAUUGUCCUACGGUCAACAAAAAACACCAUAGCACCCAGAAUUCACUUUACUGUUAAUUUAAAAAAUGAACAAUACUAAAAUCUCAAUUCCUUCGAACAGCCAAAUUUUGUUUGCCUCUCCAAAUAAUUUUCCAUGCUUCAUAUUUGGCCAUGGAACAUGCAGGCUCUGGGAGUGUCAGUUUAGUGUCUACAGAAGCACAAAGAUGGCUUUCCAGUGUGGUGGUAGGGGGUGCAGCCUCCAUAACCAAACCAUUUGAUUCACAAUCAUGACCACUGCCUAUCUGCUGUGGAAACUUGGACAAUUUUUUUGGCCUCUCUAUGGCUCAGUACACCCGUCUAUAAAAUGUACUAAUAUCAUGCUCUGAGUCUUUUCAUGUUAAUGAGUCCUAAGCUCAAUAAAUGUUGGCUACAAUUCUUAUGAUGAGAAAGAGAACUUUGUCCUGCCUCUGUAGACUCCCAAAGAGAACACUACCCAGUUGGAAGCAGGAGUGAUACAAAAUUUAGAUAUGACAUAGAAGUUUUUGAUGCCACAGGCACUGAAGUACAUCAUGUUUGUCUUUUUUUUUUUUUUUUUUUUU